AACUCUUCGGAGGCAUCCUCAGGCUCUCUCAUGCGACCGCCGUCGCUCUCUCUGCAAUUACGGACGCGAGCUGAUGCAGCAAAUGCGCUAACCGCUCGCUUUUACUCUGAUUUGGCGGCUCCAGAGCCAAGUCAAAAUGGUCCGCUGAGACGUGUUGGCAGCAGAGCUCCUAUAGCAAACAUGUUCGGUGAUAUCUCGAUACAGAAUGUUUCACAGACGCCAACGAAGCGGAUUGUACCAGCACCCGCGCCAGCCGGACAGUGGAAGCCCAACCCUCGUUAUUCGAUACAAAAGCAGUCUGGGACAUCCACCUUGGCCAGCCGUCUCGCGCACAGGCGAGUCAGCGAAGGUGCGAACAAUCCAACGACCUCUGAAGCCCGGUACCCAGCGAGUCAAGCAAGCCUGGGACGACCUACUGGUCCCCUAGCUGGAGAGCCUUCUCCUAGUCUGGGCAGACUACAACUCCAGCGGCGGUCCGAUCAGCUGAGAAAAGAAGCUCCAAUUGCGUCAGGAUGGAAUAAUAGUCGGUCGCGAGAGGGAAAGGAAGGGGGUCGUUCGGAUAGAGCCCCGGCACAAGGCAGGCGGAAUGACGCUUCUACAAAGACGCGGACCACGUCGAUACGCGAUGAUGCGGACACGAAGGAGCAGUCGCCAUCGUCCUCUAGGCUCACCAUGCAGAGACGUUCGGAAUUAUCGCCUUCUGCUUCCGUCACCCAAUCAGUGACCAAACCAGAUGAUGACGAGAAGCCCGUGGUGCCCACCACCGAGCGUAAACUUCUGCCUUCACCUUCUCUGGUGAAGCUGGACAGCAAUGCAUUGGAUUCUUUAUUCAGUCAACCUGCAAUCGAGGAAACUGCUACCAUCCCGUUCAGGGCGAGCUCGAAUUCCAAGGCAGAUCAGUCUCCCAGGUUGCAGUCACUGCUAGAACAAAAUGCCGGCGACUACUCCCGCUAUCUUCCGGCUCACUUCCACUCGCAGCUUAUCGACAGCCAACAGCUGGGCUCCGUGGGAUAUGCUGAAUUCGCUCUGGCGAGACAGCGGAGCGCCAGACUGGCCAGUAAGCGUACUGCUCUGGAUGUCGUCAAAAGAUAUUCAGGAAACGUUAAAGAUGCGCGUUCUUCACUGUAGAUCGUCUUUAUACGUAUGUCGGGUCAAUAUAAUAAUAAAAAAUAAUGAAAGUCACGCAGACACUAAGGGUACAAGUAUAGUCUUACGAACGGAUGGUCGGGUAUACGCCUGACUGGUUCGCAUGCUUAGCCUCCUUCGAGAGGUAUGUCGACCUCUUUCAAAUCGGGAGAGCUGGCCGACUCUCGUCGUGCUUGGGAGUCAUCGGCAGUGACGUCAGUCAUAUCGGUUUCUAUGGGCUGAACAACACGAUGGCCAUUUGCGACUUGCCGAUCGUCCUCAGCAUCCUCUUUCU